CUUUUCUUUAUGAAUCAUCAGCUGUCAAAACAAAACGUAGUUGGGUUGGUGAAAUUCGUGCAAAUUUCUGUGAAAAUAGUCGGAAAAACCACUUGAUAUGUCGGUUAAUACGGCCCACGCCAACAAUGGCGUGCUCAUCCACGCUGGAGAGUACAUACUGCUCCACAGCGACAGCGUUUCAAUGGAGUUUUCCGGUCAGGAUAAUCCCAUUUUCAAAGGUUCCAAGGCGGGCAGGAUUUACCUCACCUCCCACCGCAUGAUCUUCAAUACCAAGAAGUCCUCCGACUCGAUGCAGUCCUUCAGUGCUCCCUUUGUGGCCCUUUCGGAUGUGGAGAUCGAACAGCCUGUUUUUGGGGCCAACUACAUCAAGGGAAAGGUGCGCGCCCAGCCAAAUGGAAACUACGUGGGAGAAGUCAAGUUCAAGCUCCAUUUCAAGGCAGGCGGCGCUAUCGAGUAUGGCCAGGCGUUGCUGAGGUCUGCCAAAACGGCAAUGAACAACUACCAUCGCGGUGGACUGGCCGGUGAUGAUCCGCCACCCUAUCAACCGGCUGGAGCCUGGAAUGAGGCCCCUCCGCCGGCGUAUCAGCCACCACCCGGCUACUACGGCUGGCUGCCGCAGCACGAUGCCUUCAGUGGCCCGGCGCCAAAUACGGUCUUCAUGAGCGACAAUCCGCCGCCAUACCCGGGGAUCGCACCACCGGCUCAACAGCCACCACCACAACAGCCGCAGGCAGCGUCUUCGAAUGAACCCAAUUGGUAUGGUUUUUCAGCACCGCCGCCGCAGCAGCAACAACAGCAGCCGGGUUACGGCCCUCAAGGAUGGGCCGGAGGCUAUGUGCAGCCUCCGCCGUACGCCUCCUGCGCGCCCAAUUGUCCCCCUGGACCACCGUAUGCCGCCCCGGCUCAGACGUACAAUGGACCGCAACCCUAUGGCGGAUACGGCAAUGUUCCCGGUGGAUUUAAUACCCCGGGACUCCAGCAACCGAAUGGAUAUCCAAAUGGAUAUCCGGCUGGACCACCGCCUCCGGGCCAACAGGCAGCGGGAGCAGCCGGAGGAGCAGCUGCAUCUGGAGCCAGCUUUAUGGGCUUCAGCUUGCCCCCAGGAAAUUCCAAAGAAGAAGAAGCUGCAGCAAGUGCUUAUAACACACCCUACAACCAAGGCAGACCCAGUGGAUCAGGAAACAGUGACUUACCACCAAAUUAUUUUAACUUGCCACCCAGCUAUGAUGAUGCAUCGAAAAAAAAUCACUAAUAACGACUGCAUACUAUAUUCCCCUAUUAAAUAAUACAAUAUAAAAAAGUAAUUACAGCUCAUUCCGUUGAGGUUAUUCAAUCACAAAAUAUUCUACAACUAAAAGUUAUCUGUUGUUGUUUUCAAGCAUUCUCAAAUUGCUUGAUAUUUGGAAGUAUUGUUUUACAAAUGCUUUUUCUUUAUAUGCUUUAAAUUCUGGUCACAAAAUUUUAAUUGGCUUUUUGGCUUGAUAAAUUUUACAUUUUAAAUAAAUAUUAUAUGAAUCAAA